AUGCGCCUGCGGAUCAUCAAGAGCAAGUUGACGGAGAAGUUCGAGUCAGCCCUCGACGCCUUCUCCAAGAUCGACAAGGACGGAGGAGGAACGCUCGAGAGGACGGAGAUCGCUGUCGGGCUGUUCCGUCUCGGCAUCUGGCUCUCCCCGAUAGAGAUCGAAGCAUUGAUGAACGUGCUCGACGAGGACCAGGGCGGUGACGUCAGCUUCCAGGAGUGGUAUCGCUUCUGGAAGCUCAACAUCGACCUGGACACGGGAACCCUCCGAGCUGACGAUGUGGUGGAAGACUUGUAG